UUUGUCUGUGCAUAAAGAUGGAGGAGGUGGCCUGGCCCCGUGGGCUAUUGGUGGGGUGUUUUGAGUAAAUAAAGAUUACUGUCCUCAUUAAUCCCCCCACCCAUCUCUCAGUUUCUGUUCUCUUUCACACCACACCACCCAAUUUUUAUUUCUCAUCUCAUUUCAAUCUAAAACUCUCUCUAUAUUUUUUGUUUAAAUUUCUGUAUUUUUUAAUUUUUUUCUUCUUCUAAAGAGUGAAAAUAGAGGUGAGUUGGGAAGAAUUUUUGAUAAUUUUCAAAGCCCACAUUUUCUUUGGCCGAAGAAAUUUCUUUUGACGGUUGUUUUACUAUUUUCAGGUCUUAGCCUUAGAUCUAUUGCUCAAUCUGCUACGCUCUUGGCAGAUUUGCUGAAAAAUUACGGUUACGGAUAUUCUAUCUCCAUUGUUUUGGAAUCUAUCUGGAGUGAUUGAGCAAAUCAAACGGGAGCUUUAAUGCAAGGGCAAAGGAGUGCUGUCAGUACACUGGCUGAAAAUUUGAGCUCGGAUCACGGGUCUACAUCAAGUGAUGCUGGAAUAAAUCAGCAGAUGUCCUGGAAUAAUACACAAACUUCUGCUCAAAAUCAACUAUCAGAUUAUAUGAUGUCGAGUGACGCAGAUGUUACAUAUCUUGGCCAUGCUAGCCAUGAGGAGCAGUCCUCAAGUGGGUGGAAUGUGGGUGAAACAAGUUCCAGUUGUGCACGAAAUCAGUCUGAACUGGAUGAGAGAAAAACAGAAGAUGGCUGGCCUUCAUUUACGAGUUUUCACUCUGGAGCUGCUCAUAUAUUGGACGAUGGGCACUAUGAAUCAUCUGAUAUUCUCUUAUUGGAUAAUGUUGAUGUAAACUCAAAUAACAAUCAGGCAACAGAUGCGUCACCUUUGUUGCAAAAUUCUAGUUAUGACAUCCGUAACGGGGAUCUUAACAUGGGUUCUGGGUUUGGAGACGAGGAAGAUGAUGACUGUCAGGUAGUGGAGCGUCCGAACACAUUCAAAUCCAAUGGAUCUUCAAAUGGACAGAUGCCCUUUGCCAGUAGUUCCUCUGAUCCUUUUGGGGUUUCCUCUGGUAGUGGUGGAUAUUUGAUGGAGGAAAGUGAUGGCAGGCCAGGUUGUUCUAUGGAUGGUCGACGCUUAUCAUGCAAAAGAAAAGCCUUUGAAGGCAAUGCGGGACAGUCUUCUGGAACCGGAAGUUCAACGUAUUUUCAGCAUGCUGGAAGAAGUCUAUGGCAUGCCAUGCCAGCAACACAGGGUGCCAUGAGCAGCACUAGUAUGUCAGCACCAGAUGCCAUUAUUGCCAUUGAUGUGUCAGAUCAGGAUUUUCUAAUAGAGAGAGAUAUUGAGAGAGGUCAAGAAUUCUCCACAAAUGCAAGACUGGGGCUUCAUGUUGGAGGAUCUGCUUCUACAAGUCCUCUGACUCUGAAUGCUUCUGGGACUGCCGAAAGUUCCAGACAAAAUUUAUGCUUGCAGAUAAAUGGCUCAAACCAACAAGAUUCUAUACCUGGCAAUCUGUUAUCAACAGAGGCUAAUGUUGGGAACACAAGCUUUCCAUCUUCCCAACAGUCAGCAAGAUUACGUCUUCAUAAUCAUUUCUUUGAGUCGAGGCCAGCAUCUACAGAAGAAAAUGAAGGUUUUCAUGUAUCAUCUGGUUUGCACAUUCCUUCGCUGCGCUGGAGUCGACAGUCUAGGCGGUAUGAAGCAUCUAGCUCAAGAGCCAGCAGUUCAUCAGCUUCUGGUAUUUCUGGGGAGACGGAUGCUGUGCUUUAUGAAGAAACUACCACAAGAAGUGUGCCAAGAAACAUUUCUGAACAUCCCGUGUUUGCUUCUGCUACUGAGAUGAGAAAUUCAUCUGAAAAUCCUCCCCAAAUGCGUUCAACUGGUGGUAAUAUCAAUGUGGCUGGAAACAUUGCAUCUUCUUCUCGUGCAGGCUCUAUUUCUGGAGUCAACUCAUCUAUGCCUAAUUGGUCCCAUCGGGGUUCUCCACAAUAUCCUCGAAGACUGUCGGAAAUUGUUCGAAGAUCUUUGCUGACCUCUGCAGGUACCGAGUCUGGGAGUCAGACCAGCAAUCGCGCACUGCUGCGUUCUGCUGCUUCCCAGGAGGUGGCAAUUUCGUCUGCAUCUGAUAAUCAUGAGCAUCAUUUGCCAAAUUCAAGGUCAGCCAUGUUGGAGAGACAUCUAGAUGGAGCUUUUGGAGUACCUUAUUCGCUGCGAACUUUGGCUGCUUCCAGUGAAGGAAGAAACAGUAGGCUAGUAUCUGAGCAGAUUCGCAAUGUCUUGGAUCUCAUGCGAAGAGGAGAGGGCUUAAGAUUUGAGGAUGUUAUGAUCCUUGAUCAGUCGGUGCUUUUUGGAAUGGCUGAUAUUCAUGAUAGACAUCGGGAUAUGCGUCUAGAUGUAGAUAACAUGUCUUAUGAGGAGUUGUUGGCUUUAGAGGAGCGCAUCGGAAAUGUGUGCACAGGACUGAGUGAAGAAACCAUUAUAAGCUGUUUGAAGCAAAUGAAAUAUGUAGACCUUAAAAUAGAAGGUCAAGUAGAGACUGAGCCUUGCUGUAUAUGUCAGGAAGAAUAUAAAGAUGGAGAAGAUCUUGGAACAUUGGAGUGCAAUCAUGACUUUCAUGUAGAGUGUAUUAAACAGUGGCUCAUGCACAAAAAUCUGUGUCCCAUCUGUAAGAUGACAGGAUUGUCUACACAAGACGGGUAAACAAAUCGGGCCACUGCUUUCUUCCCCGGUUGAAACGGGUUGUGGUGUGCGCCGAAAAGUAUCUGCUUAAUAUGGUUGGUAUCAGUAAGUGGAGUAUGUGUUCAUCCAGGGCACAACUCUCCUUAAUUUCAGGACAAGUUUCAUAUUUAAUAGUUGCAUAUACUCAAUCUCCUUGUGGAAGUUGAAACUGAUAAAACAGAGUAGAACCCUUCUUUCAUUUUUAGUCAUAAAUUGCUUUGGUUUAAUCGAAAUCUAAUGAUUUUAUGCGGGUGUUA